AUGCCGUUUUCCUAUAUCGCUGAGCUCCCCGAGUUUUUGAAGAUGUCCGGUCUGGAUACUCUUCCACCUGGGAUUCCAAAUAAUACCGAUUCCAUCUACCUCUUCCCCCCAAAAACCAUAAUGUUCAACGGUGCGAAACUUCUGGAAAUCUUCCUCUACAUUGGUUUCUCCUACGAAUUUUUUCAAUCCUUCUACUACGUUCACUCCCUAUUCUGUGUGGUUGCCUAUCAGUCGGUAGUCUUGUCCGCGUUGACAAUCAUAUCAAUGUUAUCAUUGGUAUUGGCGUGGCAGGUGGAGAAGUGGCCUGUUGUUAUGCAAGUCGCCUUGUAUUGUGAUACUAUCACAGGAUUUUUCUCGAUGAUGAUGUUGUAUCCGUUGAUGUGUAAUCAAAUGCUGAGUAGGAUGUAUGAGGAUAUAUGGAGACGCUCGUUUACUAAAACCCGCAUCAUCUGCCUCGUCGCCCUGUGCGCCUCCCUAUCCUGCAUCGCCGCUGUCAUCCUCAUCCAAACCUCCGAAAUGCAACGAUUCUACAUCCGCAAAAUUGGGUUCGUGGAUAGCGGACGGCAAGGCUACCAAAUGCUUAUUAACCGCAUAUUCUAUAUAUUUCCGUUUGGCUCUAUAGUUUGCUAUAUCGUGUUGUAUUUCCAUAUUAGGAGAAUGACUCAACAAGUGAUGUCAAGAAGAACCGCGGAGAAUGGGAAGCAGCGAGUUUUUGUGCAACUUUUCAUCACGGUCAUGUUUUAUGGGAUUAUGUGCGCCUUAUUCGAGUUCAUAAACUUCACAGAGUACCCCAAUGUUCAAGAUAAAAUAAAUCUAGUAGCAAUUCUGAAUAUCAUCAACUACCUUCCCGAGAUAUCCCUACCUCUAUUGUUACUGGUGUCCAAUACAGAGAUGAGACGCCGGAUUUCAAAUCUUUUGGCGCCCAGAUCAAACCAACCGUCGAGAUCUAACGCCUCCGUUAAUCAGGGUGUAUGA